AUGUGCUGGCUAUUGCUACGAGAGAGCUAGCAAACAUCACUGCUGAACCUUGAACCAAGGCCAAGAAGCACAGAGGAGGAAGUAGCCGAAGAGCUGGAGCCAACCUCUCCAGUAACAGCGUCUCGUCUUUGGCGUGUGCUGCCCACUGCUUGUGUGGUGUUACUUGCAGUCGGAAAUCAACACAGCGUUCCCGGGGCUGCAACAACAGACAGAGCGAACAAGCACAGCAGCUGCAGUACUUCAUUAGUGGGGGUGGAACGCGAUGCGGAGAGAGAAGAGGAGACGUCAAGGGGUCGGGCCGUGCGGUGCCGCCCUUUUGCUGGUGGCGUCCCUGGUGCCGCACUCGCUGGCUGCUGGUGGCUUCCAGUCACGGCGGCAACGCGCCGCCCAGACCACCGUCAUCAAGCAGGGGCGCCGCUGGUUCACCCGCGGACCGCGAAGCCGGGGGGGGGGGGGGGGGGGGGNGGGGGGAGGGGGAGGAGGGCAGUUUCAUCUCUCGACGAAUGUAGCAGAAACGCUGCGGGAGAGAAGGAGCGGCGGCGGCGGCGGCGGCGGCGGGAGAGCUGGGGGAGGAGGGGGACAAGGGCACCAGGGUGAUCCUGCGUUCCCGGCUGCUGGAGACGCGCGGAGGAAGGCGUUCUUGGGAGCGGGGACGGUGCAAGCGGACAGGCGCGCGGCGGCGCUGGAGCCCCAGGCGGGCGCCGGGGGGGGGGCAGGGGGGGCGGCGUUCGACCCUCAGCGAUAUCGACAGCAGCAAGCACAGCGACGGUACGCCUUGCAAGAGCCGUGGGACAGCAGCAACAACAGCCACGACCAAGGCAACGACAAUAGAGACGAGGAAGGGGCGACGGGGGCGGCAAUGGGGGUUCCGGAAAUGGUAUCGGAGGGGGCGCCGGCGUCAACUCCCCCCCCGAGAACCCCCCUACAGGAACACGCUUUCCAGAACAUGUACCGGAAUCAGCGCACCCAGCUUCCCGGGCAAGCAGUGGGAACACAGCAGCCGUCGUCGACCCUGUUUCGGAGGUCCGGGGCGGGAGGCGUUUUCUUCAUCUUCCUCGUCAUGGUGUGCAGGUCCCUCAACCAUUACGAGUACGCCGAGCAGAUGGCGGGGGCCCUCAGGGCGAUGUCUUUGGUGCCGGCCGUGGGCCUGUUCUUGGGGAACUUGGUGUGCAUGUGCCUCUCGCUGGUGGAGUCGGCCACCAACAGGCAGAAGGCCAGGAUGAAGACGAUGCUUUCCGUCGAUGCCGUGUGCGAGGGGUUACUGCUGGUGUACAACAUGCUGCUGCUGUUGGGCGGCGCGUCUGGGCUAGUGCCGAAGGAAGAGUUCGUCGGCCGCAUCCUCACCAACGUUGUUUUCUUGUCCCUCUGCGUCACCUUCGCCAAGGCCCGAUGGGUGGCGGACGGCGCGUUCUGAUUGGCUGAUUCAUCGACGGGAAGCGGCCUGGUCUGAACGAAGCGGCGCGGCGGCAGGCAGGCAGUGCUGGCCGUUGAGUGGUUAACUUCUUCUCGGGAAAAGGAAAGGAGGUGGAUGACUGAUUCUUAGGAGGGCCAGGCCAUGGCCUGGCCCAAGGCGGUGUUGACCGGUGAUUGAUUUGGUCAAACGUCUUGUCGGGAAACGGGAAGGCGGGCGUACGUUGUGCCCCGUCGCGGUGCGGCAAGAGUUGGAGGAGUUAUUCCGCUCUCAAUAGUGCUUGAUUCCGGUCAAAGAUGAAAGUCCAAAGCAAUGCGUACGUACUUCAUCAUCGAAUAUAGCGGGACCGAGUGCACGACGGGCGGUUGGGGGGGAGGGAGGGUAACGCAGAAUAGGCGAUGCUGUGGAGUGAUUUGGAUGCAGGCAGCGCUUCCGACUUAUCUUUUUUGGUGCCUCUUAUUUCUUUUUCUCUCCUUUUUUACUUUUCGUUUCGCGUGCGGAAACUCGCCGAAGAGCCAGAGGCUAAUGUUUGCGGUGCUGAGGCAGCUGUGAUUCUGGAUGAGGUUUAUAUGUGAGCGACCCUACCCCCCCCCGUCCACACACACGGGGAGAGGGUCUGUCUGCUGCUGUUGUCGGUUGAUCUGUCAGUCUAUGUGCUGCUGCGGAAUGUUAAAGACCUGGUCUUGACUUUUUUUUUUGUCGAACGACGGUUUUCAUUGGCCCGAUCGGGGCCGCUUGAAACUUAUCAAUCGGUUGGUUACGUUGUUGUAACGGUAGAAGAACCGUUAUGCAGUAGUCCGUGGGACUUGGCUGGCUCCGUGGUUGAAGACCAAGGGGGGGGGAGGGAGUGGGGAGCUAUCCGUUGAUCUCAUCGUGGGCAGUACGAUCGCUUCUUGUCCACGAGUUGCGCUUGUUUCCGAUGGCGCGUUUCUGUCGCGCGGAGAGGGGGCUUGCAGUACGCGCGUGCCUGUCGGUGAUACGUACCGAUUAUGGCGUAAUUUGACCACCUUUUGCGGAUCUCGGAGUUUGUGUUUGGCGGGGGUACAGCAGUCGUAGCGUCUCUCCCGCUCGACGUAUCUGCUGC